CUUUACAGACUAUUCAGUGACAAUAAAAACAGACAUUUUCCGGCACUCUGUGGAAGAAAAAACAGAAUUUAUAAAAGACUUUCUAAAAGCUAUUUCAGUAAACAAGAUCGAUGUAAUGAUAGCCCAUUCCAGUGCUAUAUACCCAACAACUCUGCUCUGGUGUGACCCAAACUGUCCACAAAUCGAUUCGUUUGUAUUCCUAAACCCUGGCGGACACCGAAGGAUUAAAGCCAUGCGACCCGUUUGGUAUACGGAGGGCGGUGUCAAAGUGUACCAAAACAAAUGGGGCAGAACUCUGUUCCAGAUCUUCGGCACCGCUUUCCUCAACUUAACCAAAACAGUCACCGUUAAGGCCGAUAACAUGAAU